AUGAUUGUUGCUGAUGGGGCGCAUAAGUAUAUGACCAACACCCCAGCCGCGAAGCAGCUGACCGAGACCUUCCUGACCAUCAUCCGACAACAACGACACCUGGGCGUGCGGACUAUCAUAUCGACGCAAGAGCCGACAAUCUCACCGCGGUUGAUUGACCUCUGCUCGAUGACAAUCAUCCACCGGUUCACGAGUCCAGAAUGGUACAGGACCAUCGAGCAGCAUGUUCCCAUUGAUAGCGACAAAGUCGCGGGAGAGGGUUAUCUCUGA